AUGGGCUCUUGCUCCGGCCGCUGCACGCUGCUCGUGCUCUGCGCUCUGCAGCUGGUCACUGCCCUGGAGAGGCAGGUGUUCGACUUCCUGGGCUACCAAUGGGCACCCAUCCUGGUCAACUUCAUCCACAUUGUUGUGGUCAUCCUGGGGCUCUUCGGCACCAUCCAGUACAGGCCACGUUACAUCGUAGUGUAUGCUGUGUGGGCAGCUAUCUGGGUUACCUGGAACACCUUCGUUAUCUGCUUCUACCUGGAAGUGGGAGGUCUCUCAAAAGACAGCGAGCUCCUGACCUUCAACCUCUCCCAGCACCGCUCCUGGUGGCGAGAGCAUGGACUAGGCUGUCUGCAUGAGGAGGUGUCCACAGCCAGUCUUGGAGCCCUGCACGGCCAGGCCCUGGUAUCGGGUGCUAGCUGUGCCCUGGAGCACAGCUAUGUGGAGGUUCUGCACAGCAGCCUGCAGAUCCUGGUGGCGCUCCUGGGCUUUGUCUACAGCUGCUAUGUGGUCAGCACGUUCACAGAAGAAGAGGACAGCUUUGAUUUCAUUGGUGGAUUUGAUCCCUUCCCUCUGUACCAUGUCAAUGAAAAGCCGUCCGGCCUCUUGUCCAAGCAGGCAUAUUUGCCUGCAUAAGUGAGGAAGCUGUGAUCCGCUUCUGUGGCCUCCAGCCUCAGCCACAGGACAAUAAGGCCCCCCCAGGGCCUUGGGACACACCCCUGCCUCCCUGUCCACCUGCACUUGCUCAGGUUCUCUGUGGACACCAGCCAGAGUGGCCAUGCCAGGC